AUGGACCUUCAAAAACCGGACAAGUCGCGACCCGCCACUCGCAAGGAUCGGGACAACACCUCCAAGUACAGUAUGAAUGAGUACGGACGACUACAAAGCCCGGCCGCCGGUGAGAGUGACGAUGUCGACCCCCGCCAGAAUUUGCAGGAAAGAGCCGCCUCUGAUUUAGGCACCGCGAGCUCCAUCCCGCACUAUUUAAGCGGCGUGAAGCUCUCCAGACAACACCCCGUCUCUCCUUCACAUGUCACCGCGAUGCGUAUCCCUCCAGGGAUAGUAUUGGAUCCUCUCCAGAUAAGGCAGCUGCGGCAUGCCUCGCUGAUCCCGCCGGUGACCAAGGCGUCCCUCAGCGAGCUUGAUCUCGAGAGUAUUAUGCGGAACAUCCAUCUUCGCAGUGAUGCCAGCUUUGAACCAGGUCUCCACUUCCGGCCGGACUUGGACGGGGAGGGGGGAAAAAGGAAGACGAGAAUGGCAGAAACCUACUGGGGGGCAUUGCUUGCGGAAAUCACGAUAUACACGUAUAUUAAUACCAGUGGUUCUCAACCGGAGGGUAUCCAGACCGUGCAAGUUCCUGAUUCGGAAACGCUCCAGGACGGCUUCUUCCGACCACGGCUACCGACUAUGUUCAAAACUCUACUAGAGGUGCUAAAAACUCUCGUGCCAGAGCGAGAUCAUGCCGGUAUUGUUGCACACUUGGAUGUUACACUUUUGAUGCAGCAAGUACAGCAUGGGGUCCUUGACCUAGUCACUCUCGCCACGUGGUUAGCAAAGCUCUUGAAAACACAUUGUGCCCCGAUGAGAGAUCAAGAAGCCGACGAUAUGGUGACGCAUAUUACCGAGGGAUCGGCUUCUCAAGACAUGGGCAGAGUGAUUACCGGGCUACGAACCUUGUUUUACGUUUUGGAAAUGAUGAAGCUAGACGUUGCAAAUUAUCAGAUACGCGAAUUUCGCUCCAUCCUGGUCCGGGACACUGUUCCCUUUCUUCAGGAUUAUUUUUGCAACAGUGUAGCCUCAAAUAAGUUCCAAGUCGAAGAUGCCAAGAUAUGGUAUAAGAACGAACAACGACGAGUGUCUAAUAUAUCCAUGGGAGUUGCGAAACAGUCGUUUUACCCGGUAGCGGUUCUGUUACGUGGCCUGUGCGAACUUUUGAUACAAGCCGAUGAUACUGUACAGUUUCCACAGACUUUCUUUUUCGAUACCCAGCGUCUUUUGUACCUGCGGGCCGACGUGCAGAGGGCCAUCCACAUCCAGGUCUGUUGGGUGGUCUUUCAGACACUAGUCGGAGACCAAGAUACCUGCCAGCGUCACCAUCAUAACUUUGCAAGGCGAAUUUUUCUCUUGCUGCAUAGCAACGACUGCGAUGAUUCCGGCUUGGGCACUAUAAUGCGGAAUGAUGCCAGCAUUGCUAUUGAAAUAGCUCGACUCGUAUGUGAGGCAACUGGACGGGGCAAUCAAGUGUCAGACGGCUUGUUGAAGGCUAUCGAAACUGGGCUAAGAAGAUAUUUUGCCCACGAUUCGCCUAUUAUCGCGGAUAUUCGAGACGGUAUGCGUCGUAUACUUGUACAAAAAACGUGUGAGCUUGCGCAGCAGUACAUCGAAAUGACAUCAAUUGGCAUUUUCGAGGCACAGCGUGCACACGACGGCGAGCCAGAGGGGUAUCACAUGUCGAGCCUGCGAACCAGCAGCAGUACCAGCAGCAACAUGCACACACUCGCCAAAACACCGCUAACCUGGCUCGCGUCGCUCAAAACCUCGCAUCUCAAAACCAUUGCGCGGGCGACCGGCACUCUAAACGCAGGACGCAAAGAUGUCUUGUGCGAGAGGAUUGGAAGUGAGAUUGAAAAGAGUGUUUUUCUGUGCAGUCCCAAGACCAGCAGCAGCAGCAGCAGCAAAAACCACGAGACGACGACGACGACAGGUGAAGUGAUGAGUAUUCUGAGUAUCGAUAUGGGCAUUCAGAACCUCGCGUUUGCGCAUUUGCUGGUACGGCCAGCAGGAAAGGAAAAGAUGGAGGUGGUUCUUGAUGCGUGGCAUCGUAUUGGAGUGCAGGAAUUGUCCUUGAAUAAUGAUGAUCAUAAUGAUAAUAAUAAUAUUGGGAAUGAGGGACUCCGACUCCCGUCGUCUGCGUUUCGGACGUUGACUCGCAAGGCUGCAGCGCAGCGCAAGAAGACUACUCAGGAUGUCAGCCAGGAUGAGAGCCAGAAUGAAAGCAAUACUGAGACUCGGAAUGAGACUCAGGCUGAGAGUCAAAGCGAAGUUGAAUACGCAGAGAAAAGCUUUUCCCCAGACAUCCUCGCCAACAACGCCUACACGCUGAUCUCCCGCCUCAUUGCGCAGUACAACCCGACACACAUCCUGAUUGAGCGCCAGCGGUUUCGCUCUGGUGGACAGGCUACCGUGCUUGAAUGGAGUUUGCGUGUAGGUGUGUUUGAAGGGAUGUUGCAUGCUGUACUGUGUACGAUGCGGCGGUUGGGUCAUUGUGCUGCCCGGGUUUGGGAUGUUAGUCCGGCGCGUGUAGCGCAGUAUUGGGAGGCUACCAGCAGUGGUUCCGAUAUGGUUUCUGAGAAACAGACUGAAACAGCCACUGCCAAAAAAAGCGAGAAGAAUCAGCGGACUAUCAAAAAGAUGAAAAUCAACAUCAUCGGGCAAUGGCUCAGCGACGCCUCUUCCUCCUCCUCCUCCUCCUCCUCCUCCUCCUCCUCUUCUUCUUCUUCAGCUUCAUCACCAGAAAAACAAGACGAAGCAGGUCCUACAAGAAUUAUACUCCCCUCGGAGAAUAGAUCAGACGUCCACGACACAGUCACAGCCUAUCUAGAGCGCUGGUCUAGGAAACGAUCAAGUGCUACGCAGUGGAGGAUUGAAAAGCUGGACGAUCUAGCGGAUUGCCUGUUGCAAGGAAUAACAUGGCUCGAGUGGCACGUUCGACGUGCGCAUUUGGCGAGGGAUGGGCUAGGGGAAUUGGCCAGAAUGGGGGUUUCUGUUGAGGCCAAGGAGAAGAACAAGAAGAGUACAAGCAAGAAGAAAGGGUGA